AUGGACGCAGACGACGAGCGCCUGACCACGCCUGACACCAUGCAGCACUAUAGCAGGCCCUGGUACAGCACCAAAACGGCGAGGGCCACGCUCGUGGUGGGCCUGGUCGUGCUCCUUGUGGUCAUCCUGGCGGGACCCCGCCCCAAGGUCAAAAGCGAACUCAUGGACGACGAAUUGCCAGCGGGGGAGGGCAAGGCAGCAGCGCGCGGCGCGGCAGUGGCCGCCGACAGCGCCUCUGGCGGCGGCGGCGGCGGCGGCACGGCGGCAGCCAGCGCGAGCGGCGGCACGGCGGAGGUUGGCUUCUAUGGCGAGAGCCUGUGCCCCGACUGCCAGCACAUGGUUAGGGACGUGCUGCAGCCGCUGUUUGACAACGGCGUCGCAAAACUGAUGGGCCUCACUUACUAUGCGUUCGGCAAUGUGAAGAACACCAGCGACGGAGGCUUUGCCUACCAGCACGGCCCAGCGGAGGGCAAGUACAACCGCCACAUCCUGUGCGCCCAGCACUUCCACCCCAAGCAGGACGACUGGUUCCCGUACGUCAAGUGCCUGGCUGACAAGAUGCACAGCCUGGACAGAUACGCAGACAAGUGCGCCUCAGACCUGGGCUGGGAGGCCGCCGACGUCAGCGCCUGCUCCGAGGGGGACAAGGGGAAGGAGUUGGAGCAGGAGGCGGCGGCGGCGACCUGGGCCCUGCGACCGCAGAAGAACUUUGUGCCGUGGAUCGUGGUGAACGGUGUGGCGAUCGGGGCCGACUUUGAGAACCUGGAGCGGUACGUGUGCGCCGUGGCGCCCGCAGCGUCCCGCCCCACGGCCUGCUACGAGCUUCCGCCUGGGCUGGCGUACCAGGGCCGCCGCCGCAGCUGA